AUGACUGUUGGGAAAAAUCAUGACAUCAAGGGUGGAACAUCAUCUGAUUUGGAGAAACUAGGUCCUCAUGAUCAUGGAAAUGACCAAGAAACUGUUGAUAAAGCAAAGCUUAUUAUUAAAGUUAUAAUUUGGGAUAUUUUUGGUACCAACAACUUUUACCAACAAUUUGAUACUGACAAGGAUUCAAGUUUAAUGUGUUUAAUGUAUGCAAAUGAUAAAAAUCUUUUUGCUACUAGUUUUGGUAGAAUUUAUUCUUUAGAUAAAAAUGGUAAUUUGCUUCCCUUGUUGGAUCAUCCUGACAUAUCUCACCUCUUGAAAGGUAAUGAAAUAUUACAAACUUGUUUUGACAAUUUGUCACAACUUCAAAUCAACAACAGUAAUGACAAUGAAGAUUAUCAUAUGAUUUACAAUUUGGAUAAAAGUUUUAGCAAUAUAAAAGAUAAUAAAGGCAUUUUAAUAGUUAACAAUAUAGAACCUUGGGAUAACAUGAAAGAGUACAAGAAAAUUUCUGUAUUUCUAAAUGAUGAGAGAACAACCCAACUUAUCAUUGGAAAAACAACAAUUCAGGUUUGGCAAAUAAAAAAUACAAAAGUAAAGGAGACAAAAAAAAGAGUAUUGAAAUAUAUUUGGUCAUCACUUGGAUAUAAUGGAUUUGACAUGGAAUCAAUUUCAAUUGACAAAAAUAAAUUUUCUUUGAAAAUCUUGUUGCACUCACUCAACUUACCAAACAGUACUAGUCAGCAUCUUAUUUAUUACCCAAAUAAUCCAAACACAAUAAAAGAUGUUUGCGAAGCACUUGAAUUUCUUCAUAUUCAUAAAAAUCUAUGUGUUGGUCCAAAGAAUUACCAAAGGUUUAAAGAUGUAUUCUAUAAUACUGAAAAACUUGCUUAUAGAUGUUUCAAAAAAUCACCAAGUUUAUGGAGGUUGAAUGAUAUUCGUCAUGAUAUUAUGGCUAAUUUGAUCAGAAGUCAUAAUAAUUCUUUGAUCAAGAAAAUCUUAUUUAAAGAUAAUGAAUUUGGUGAUAGUAACCAAGCCUUAAAAAAUGAUAAACAUUAUUUGCAUACACCACGUUUAUAUGGAUGGCAAAAACAGAGAAAAACCACUGAUUUGGAAUUAGCAAUUAAUGAUUCUAAAGUCUUAAACAAUACAAAUUUAAUAACUAAUUAA